CACACAGGGACUGCAUUGAAGUGCUAGGUUCUCGACACGGUGGACAUUUUCUCGUACGGUUCAGUUCUAUGACGAACCUUGUGUGCAUGUAGGUAUUUUGAUGACGCAAAAGCAACUUUUAAUUUCAGAUUUAAAAGAAUAUAUUUACUGAGUUUUGUUUAAUAUUGAAUGGUGAAGCAAAACAUACAUAACCUAAUAUUAUCAGAGGAAUAAAUUCGGUGCGUUGAUCAUCAUCCAAAAUGGUGAUCCACUCCACGUCUCCAAUGGUGGUGGUGGCAAAUCGUUUGCCAUUCGUCAUCUGUAAAAACUCCAAAACUGGGGAACUUACGAGAAAAUACAGUGCUGGAGGUCUGGUGACGGCGGUAGCCCCCGUAGUCGUGGAGACAGGGGGGCUCUGGGUGGGAUGGUCGGGACUGCAUCUUGAGGACGGCAUCUCCGCGAUCCCCGAGUCCAGCCCCGACGACAAGAGCCCCACUGCUGGGCUCAGGAGCGACCAGGUGAUUCCAGUCAACCUGCCUCGCAAGCAGUUUGAUGAUUACUACAACGGCUGCUGCAACGCCUGCUUCUGGCCUCUCUUUCACUCAAUGCCUGACAAAGCCGUUUUCGAAGAGGAUAAAUGGGAGGCUUACGUGGCUGUCAACGAGGAGUUCGCCAAACUUACCAUGGAUGCCGUCCACAAAUGCUAUGAGCGACAGCCUGAUCAAGUGCCGUUAGUUUGGAUUCACGACUAUCACCUUAUGUACACAGCGAACUACAUCCGUAACAUUUGCAACGACGAAGGGCUCAAGGUUAAAAUGGCCUUUUUCUUACACAUCCCAUUCCCAUCUUGGGAUAUUGUGAGGUUGUUUCCAUGGGCAUCUCAACUGUUGCAAGGUAUUCUUGGAUGCGACUCAGUUGGGUUUCAUCUCGAGGAUUACUGCAUCAACUUCAUUGACUGCUGCCACAGAAUUUUGGGAUGUCGUGUUGACAGAAAAAAGAGACUCAUUGAGCACAACAAACGAAGUGUAUCUGUGCACCCCCUGCCCAUCAGUAUACCUUAUGAUCGUUUCGUACAGAUGGCAGAAGAAGCUCCAGAGGCCAUUAAAAAUAAAAACGAACAGCAGCUGCUGCUAGGCGUCGAUCGUUUGGAUUACACUAAAGGUUUAGUGAAGCGAUUCAAAGCAUUCGAGAGGCUUUUGGAGUUGUAUCCGCAGCACAUCGAAAAGGUGACACUUCUUCAGAUUGCUGUUCCGUCGCGGACGGAUGUUAAGGAGUACCAAGAGUUGAAGGAAGAACUCGACCAGAUUGUGGGCAGAAUUAAUGGAAGAUUUACUACGCCAAACUGGUCACCAAUUCGUUACAUUUACGGAUCUGUCACUCAUGAUCAACUCGCUGCCUUCUACAGAGAUGCGUCUGUGGCACUUGUCACACCUCUGCGAGACGGCAUGAAUUUAGUCGCAAAAGAAUUUGUCGCUUGCCAGAUCAAAGAACCUGGCGUUUUGGUAUUGUCCCCCUUUGCAGGAGCUGGAGUUACGAUGCAAGAAGCUCUACAAGUGAAUCCUUACGAGCAGAAUCAGUUUGCAAAAGUCAUUCACAGAGCUCUGACGAUGCCUUUUGACGAGCGUGAAUUACGAAUGACUCAGCUCCGGCGCAGGGAAAAAAUUCGUGACGUCAACUUUUGGCUUCGAGAAGUGCUGAAAUCUGUCGACAGUUUGGACGAAGCAUGCGACAGCAAGCUCCUGAGACCCGUUUCUGAAGAGGAUUUCGAUCAAUAUUUGUCCGAUUGUAUUAAUGAACACUCUCGCAUUGCUCUUUUGCUCGACUAUGAUGGAACACUCGCUCCGAUCGCUCCUCAUCCCGAUAUUGCCCAUCUUCCCGAAGAGACAAAACAAGUCCUUCAGAGACUCGCCCACUUACCAGAUGUAAGCAUCGCUGUUAUCUCAGGAAGGUCACUAGAAAACGUCAAAAAGAUGGUUGACAUCGAAGGAAUAACUUAUGCUGGAAACCAUGGCUUUGAAAUUUUGCAUCCGGAUAACUCUUUGUUUAACCACCCGGUGCCUGCAGAAUACAUUGAGAAGUUGGAGAAACUCAAAGAAAAAUUGGGCGAACUUUGUGCAAGCGGAGCUUACGUCGAAGACAAAGGCCCUUGUGUAUCAUUCCAUUUCCGAAAAGUGGAGGCUUCGCUUCGUCCAGCGCUCAUUAAGCAGGCUCUGGAUGUCUUUAAGGAGGUGGAUAUUGAGGCGACUCAAGCACUAAUGUCUCUCGAAGCUCAGCCUCCCGUCACUUGGGACUCAGGUCGUGCUGCAAUCCACAUUUUAAGGUCGAUGUUGGGCUUGGAAUGGUGUGAAGCAUCCAUCAUCUUUGCCGGUGAUGACGAAACCGAUGAAAAUGCCAUAGAAGCCCUCGAAGGCAUGGCAGUCACCUUCCGAGUUACAGAUGUACAAAACGUAAAAACAUCCGCGAAUUAUCGUCUUGCAAACACAGACGCUGUUUUAACAAUGUUGCGCUGGAUUGAGCGGAGGCUGGGCUCUCGACGACCCAAGGCUUCGCACAUGAGGUCUCGAACGAGCUCAUUUACGAACAUCGGGCCAAGAUCAAGGACUGCUUCCUUUAAUGAUCCGAUGCGCAACGGAAAAGCAGGUAGUCCCGGGGGUUCUCCAUCCAGGAUGGUUUCAAACAUGGUUAUCAACGAUAAAGAUUACAAAACGUUCGUCCGAAAAGCCGGGGCUCCUCUUAGAAUGAAUUCUGUUACUUAAAAUACACGCAAGAUGAACAAUUGAUGGACUUUUUACAGGAUAUCGUGUGGCUAUGCAUGAUAAUUUUGUUCUGUUAACGUAUGUCCGAUGAAAACUAAGAGGCAGUCUGAACAAAUUUCCUAUCAAGGAUUAGGGAUAUCAAAUAAAGUAGGCGAGUUUUUUUUUUAAAUUGGUCUAAAUUUUCUGAAAACACAGAACAUUUUACUGUCUCCUUGCAAGCAGCAUAUUCUCAAGGUCUUAAUUGAUCGUUUUCGCAGGUAAGAUGCUUAUAUUCCCGAUAGAUUUAUGCGAUAUGGAUAUGCAAUGUUGGUUUUUAGGAAGUAAAAUGCUUUAGCUUACAGGAACAUAUCACUGAUAUAUCAACAAAUCUCGAGUAUAUAAUUAAUGCUUUCGUAAUUUUCACAGGCAUUUUCACAUUUUCUCCUAGACUAGCCACAUUCUUUUAAAAUGAGGAAGUAAUUAUGUUACGGUUGCUGGAUCGUGUUUUGGACUGUAGAUUGUAGAACAUAGCGCUAUGUGCGUCACCCUUGUUAAGAAAUAGAUUAGGAUCAGCAUGUCAUGGAAACUGAAUAUCCAGGGCGAAUUAACAUACCAAUGCGUUGAUUGUGCAAUACGCUCUUCACUUAUGAGUUUAUUUCAUUUAAUUUUAAACAUCACAAACAUGAAGCUAGCUCGAUAUUAAUAUGGUUUGGGCUCAAUUAGCUAUUUUAGCAUGCGGAGUGUCCUAAUAUCUGUCGUUGACCGUGAAACUAACUAUAAAUUUUAAUAAUAUAUGCUUACAUGAUAAAUGAAGAUUAGAGGAACUUGCUUACAACUCUUGAAUUUUUGUCAAGAUUUGUUGAAUUAUAAAUCGCCCACUGAUAUUAAAACGUAGGCAAAGCGUUAACUCUAUUUGAAGAUAUAAGGUAACUUGCAACGUUUUAUAAUGCAUGCAAACUCAUUGUUUAUCCGGUUACACUGCCCACGAUGCAGUGUUAUUUGGAACUGCCUAUAUAUGUCUAUGCAAGCUCUGUUUUUAAAAAUACAUUAUAAGUACAGUAUGACCUGGAA